AUGAGCCGCACUCCUGUUGGAACGAAGCCCUGCAAAAAGGUAACGGCAUCUGCAGCCUCCUCCUCAUUCUCCUCAGCGUCGCUGAAACGCUUUCUUGACAUGAUCCCACUGGACAUUGACAUUGAAAAUGUGCGGCAAAUCACCCUCAAGGGCAAGCAGCUCACCGCUCUUCCCACCAACUUGGGCGGGUUGCUGCGCGAGGUCCGGCGACUUGAGCUGUCCGAAAACGAUAUUUACGACGUCACACCGCUGGCCUCAUUGUCCCACCUCACCUCGCUCAAUCUCUCAAAGAACAGGCGACUGUCCUCUAUUGCACCUCUUGCCACGCUGCACCUAACCGUUUGCGUGGUGGCCUAUUGCGAUCUAAACUCAUUGGUUGGUCUAGAAGGAUGUGCAACGACGCUAAAGACACUCAUCGCAAACGAUAACAACUUAGUGCUGCAAUCUCCCACCGGGGGAGUCGUGGCAGACGCUCAGGCAGACCACGUUUCAAGGGCCGUGAGAAACUACGAAAUCCUGGCAAUGCUUUCCACCUGUGAGACGAUAGUGCUUUCCCGCAAUCCCCAUCUCUGCGCCUUGUAUGCUGCACCCACUCUAAAUGAGGACCUUAUUGCAGAAGGCGUUAGGGGAAAUAUUGCGGGACACUUACCACAUCAUGAGGCAGACUGGUCACACCCACUCUCUGUUCUUGAGAAAAUGAAACAGUUAAAGAAACUUUCGCUUAGUGGGUGUGGAUUGGAGUCCCUGCCGUCACACUGGUUUCUUCCCAUGGUAACAGAACUGCGGUUGAGCCAUAACGCGCUUUCUAGCCUCGUUCCAGAAGGCGUUAUUUUUCGCUCAGUGAAGAUUCUUGACGUUAGUCAUAACGUUCUCACAGAUGUCAAAACGCUGAGACGGUGUCGUUUUGUGCGAAAUUUAAGCAUACGCGGUAAUCCGUUCCAGAAGGAGACGGCGUCAUCAUCGCUGACAGAAGAUGGAAAGGUGAGGAAAGGGGCCCAACUACCAGUUGAAGUCUUGAGGUUUCUCACACGAAAGAUGCCGCAUCUUGAGGUCGUGGACAGCACGUUGCUCUCCUCCAUUCAAUUUGAGGACGUGGCAGGUAAAAGCAGACUUGAGCGGUGUGAAACUGUGGAGGGCAAUAGUGCGCAACGCAAAGAUUCUCGUCAUCCGACGGAAUCGACUGCCGAAGAAAUUAAGGACGUUGUUGUGGAGCUUUCUGAAGCUGUACCAGAUAACAUACGAGCGCCCAUAGUGAGGCGAGAGCGCACGAACCUGCUAUUGCAGCGAAAGAGGGAGCUAGUAGCUGAUGGUGCUGCCGUGGCUCAACUAGUGAAGCGGAGAAAAACAGAAGCUGCUGUUUGGUGA